AUGUCUAACAACAAAAACAACAAACCUUUUCUGUUCCCACAAACUCAAUCCACUGUUCUCCCUGACCCCUCCAAAUUCUUCUCUCCAAAUCUUCUAUCCACACCCCUCCCAACUAACUCUUUCUUCCAAAACUUUGCUCUCAGGAAUGGUGAUCAACCUGAAUACAUUCACCCUUACCUCAUCAAAUCCUCAAACUCAUCACUUUCUGUUUCAUACCCUUUUCACCACUUUAACUCAGCUUUCAUAUACCAAGUUUUCAAUGCUGACCUCACCAUAACUUCUAUUGAACAAAAAUCCAAUCAAAAUUCCAAUGAAAAUCAUAUAAUAUCUUCCUAUAGUGAUCUCAGUGUUACCUUGGAUAUUCCUUCUACAAACAUGACUUUCUUUCUUGUUAGAGGAAGUCCCUUUUUGACUGUUUCUGUAACAAAACCAACCCCUCUUUGCAUUUCCACCAUUCAUGCCAUUCUUUCAUUCUCUUCAAAUGAUAACCUUACAAAAUUCACCUUUCGCCUAAACAAUGAUCAAACAUGGAUUCUAUACACUUCCUCGCCGAUCAAGUUGAGUCAUGAACUUUCUGAGAUCACUUCCGAAGUGUUUUCCGGUCUAAUUCGGAUUGCUUUGUUCCCAGAUUCCGACUCAAAAAACGAGAAUGUUCUUGAUAAGUUCAGUUCUUGUUACCCUUUAUCAGGUGAUGCUAUGCUCAGAGAAAAUAAUUGUGUUGAGUAUAAGUUUGAGAAGAAAGGCUCAGGUGAUUUGCUGGUGUUAGCACAUCCUCUUCAUCUUCAGCUUUUGUCUACGAAUGAUUCUAAUGUUACUGUUUUGAAUGAUGUUAAGUAUAAAAGCAUUGAUGGUGAGCUUGUUGGUGUUGUUGGUGAUUCAUGGCUUUUGAAAACCGAUCCUGUUUCUGUAACUUGGCACUCAAGUAAAGGUGUGAAAGAAGAAUCUCAUGAUGAAAUUGUUUCAGCUCUUAUGAAAGAUGUUGAAGGUCUAAAGUCAUCACCAAUAACAACAUCAUCAUCUUAUUUUUAUGGAAAAUUGAUAGCAAGGGCUGCAAGGUUAGCAUUGAUAGCUGAAGAGGUGAAUUACCUUGAUGCAAUUCCAAAUGUGAAGGAGUUUUUGAAGGAGUCUAUUGAGCCUUGGCUUGAUGGAACUUUUAAUGGAAAUGGAUUUCUCUAUGAUAAUAAAUGGGGAGGUAUUAUAACCAAACAAGGAUCUACUGAUACUGGUGCUGAUUUCGGGUUCGGUAUAUACAAUGAUCAUCAUUAUCAUUUAGGAUACUUUCUCUAUGGAAUUGCAGUGCUUGCUAAGAUUGAUCCUAUUUGGGGUAAGAAGUAUAAGUCUCAAGCCUAUUCACUAUUGGAAGAUUUUAUGACAUUGAGUAGAAACUCAAACUCCAAAUACACGCGUCUAAGGUGUUUUGAUCUAUAUAAAUUGCAUUCAUGGGCCGGAGGACUAACCGAGUUUGCGGAUGGAAGAAACCAAGAGAGUACUAGUGAAGCUGUGAAUGCGUACUAUUCUGCAGCGUUGAUCGGUGUGGCAUACGACGAUGCAGAACUCGUAGCGAAUGCAACGACAGUUACAUCAUUGGAAAUUCUUGCUGCUAAAAUGUGGUGGCAUGUGAAAGAAGGAGAGAAUCUGUAUGAAGAAGAUUUCACAAAAGAGAAUAGGAUGAUGGGAGUUUUGUGGUCCAACAAGAGAGACAGUGGAUUAUGGUUUGCUCCUCCUGCUUGGAGAGAAUGUAGGCUUGGGAUUCAACUCUUACCAUUGCUUCCAAUUUCUGAAGAUGUGUUUUCAAAUGCUGAUUAUGUGAAGGAGCUUGUGGAGUGGACAUUGCUUGCUUUGAAUAGGGAAGGUGUUGAAGAAGGAUGGAAAGGUUUUGUGUAUGCAUUGCAAGGAAUCUAUGAUAAUGAAAGUGGAGUGAAGAAUAUAAGAAGCUUGAAUGGAUUUGAUGAUGGAAAUUCAUUGACUAAUCUCUUAUGGUGGAUUCAUAGCAGAAGUGAUAAAGAGUAG